UGUAUGGCUAAAUAAUAUUUGUUCAUUUCUGUCAGGAAACUGUGACCGUAUGAAUAGCAGAAUAUUCCUCCUGCUAACCCAUUCGGCUGCAGGUGGGUUGCCACUGGGAGUCAGAGUCACAACAUCCGAGUCCCAAAACACCAUUGCAGCGGGACUCAAGUUGCUGCAGUCUAUACUACCAGGGGACGCUUUUUAUGGAAGAGGAGAGCUAGGGCCAAAAGUUGUCAUGACCGAUGACUGGAAAGCCCUGCGACAGGCACUGCAGAAUGUGUUUCCGCCGACCACUCCCCUCCUCUGUGUCUUGCACGUGCUCCAGGCCAUGUGGAGAUGGCUCUGGGACAGUCACCAUGGGGUGCCGAAGGGGGACCGUCAGUGGCUGCAGGAUAUCUUCAAAAAAAUGGUGUAUGCCAUGUCACCAGAGGAGCUGGAGGCCUCCUACCACCAGGCUCUCCAGGACCCAGCGGUGCUGAAGCACCAAUGGUACCAGGACCAUUUGACGGCAGUGUUUGCCCAACGCAGGGACUGGGCUAUCUGUCUACGCAUGGGCCUUCCAACGUGGGGCAACAACACAAAUAAUUUUGCUCAAAGUGCCAUGAGGGUCUUGAAAGACAGCAUCCUCCACAGGUUGGAGGCUUACAAUGUCACCCAACUGGUCAACUUCAUUUGCACCAGACUGGAGGCCUACUACAUCAGGCGACUCCUCGAUGUAGCAAACGGGAGGACUGUGAAGCGGGAGUUCAAGUUCAACAGUGAAGAUGAAUUGAACUACACUGUUCCCAGUGAACAAGGAGGCGUUUAUCUGGUGAACAUCUCCAUGGGCAUGUGCACCUGCUCAGCUGGCAGCAAUGGGGCGCUCUGCAAACACCAACACUCUGUAAUGCAGGCCUUCAAGCUGCAGGGAGGCCACCACCUUCCAGUGACAUCCUUCAAAGAAGUCCUUCUAUGAGAUGGCCACAGGAAAGCUUGAUGUAGCAGAGAGCUGGUUUAUGGGCUUGAAGUUUGAGAGGGAGAAAGACUGCCCAACAGUUCCACUCAUUGCAAGCACCCAAGAACAAGCUGGAACAACCACUCCCCCAACACCACAAGACGGCUCUGGAGCUGAAGAAGCGUCAUCUCAAAGUGAGUUGGUAGCUGAGUAUCUCAAAGGUCGUCUCAGAUCCAUGUUUGAUGGCCUCAUGGACAAGCUUGAAAAGGAUGAGACCUUGCAAGCCCCAAUAGAAUCCCUUGUGUCAUCCUACGAGAAAAUUCAUACUGACAGCGGCCUGAUCUCAGCACUGUCUACAUUUGGGAAGAUGAGGAGUGCUGCUGCGCUUAACAUCAAAAUGCAGCCAAGGCAGGGUCUGCAAAUGAGCACACAAAUAAGCAUGCAGCCUACAGCUGUUGCUCGCCGUAAGACUCCGCUGGGGGGCAGAUGGGCGCUCAUCACUGGUCAACCUCCAAAAAGAGCCCGGAGGGAACACAAUUAUGGGAAGGUUAAAGAGGGGAGUGGUGCACUGCCAAGAA